UGUCGCUCGGGACACGGGAACAUGGCGUCACGUGAUGUGUUGGCAUCCAAACCUUGCCGAACAGCCUCAACUCUCCGGAACGUCCAUCUUUGCACGUCGACCCCAUCCCCCUCCCUACCAUCUCUCCUCUGCCACCAUCACAAUGGCUGCACGCAGCGCUGCCCUCAAGCUUGACUGGACCAAGGUGACCGGCUCGCUGGGCCUCCGCGGUCAGACUGCCGCCUCCCUCCAGGCCUUCAAGAAGCGUAACGACGAUGCGCGCCGCAAGGUUCAGGUGCUGUCUGAGCAGCCCCAGACUGUCGACUUCGCCCACUACCGCAAGAUCCUGAAGAACCAGGCGGUCGUUGAUGAGAUCGAGAACUACUUCAAGAGCUUCAAGCCGGCCACUUACGACGUCAACCGCCAACUGAAGGCCAUUGACGCUUUCGAGGCCCAGGCCGUCAAGAACGCUGAGGAGACCAAGGGCAAGGUCGAGGCCGAGCUGUCCAACCUGCAGAAGACCCUCGAGAACAUCGAGACUGCCCGCCCAUUCGAGGACCUCACUGUGGACGAGGUUGCUGCCGCUCAGCCCGAGAUCGACGAGAAGACCGCCUCCCUGGUUAUCCGGGGCAAAUGGAUGCCGCCUGGCUACAAGGUGCGUUUUGCCUUCUACCCCGCCCAUUUUCGUGGCAUCUGGUCGAUCUUUGAACUCUUUACUAAUGCUUCGCGACCCGCAGGAGCGCUUUGGCGACCUUUCCGUUCUGUAAACGUCGUGACCUACUAUCCUACGUUUCCCUUGUUACCCCCAACCAGUAUGAUCAUGUCACCCUAGCCUCCAUGUCAAAUAGAUGGAUCAGCCUCUUGCGGUUUUCGCUUGUUGGCUGCAUGACCUGGUCGUCCAUGUAUAGAACCCAUGUUUGAAUUAAAUGGUUAAUCCACAUUGGUGUCCUCUUCCGUCCGACGUAUCACCGUGUUCCCGGUCGCGUAGACAACUCGUCAUCCAAUGUUGUACCCUCCAUAACGCCCGAUGGCAGGACAACAAUGCAGUGCUCUGGACGGGAUAAUGCCAUAUACCCAUGUAUCUACUGCGUAUUGGGAAGGUGAACCGAAGUGCAGUCUUAGGGCAAUAAUAAUAUGCCGCUUGCAAGUUGCAACUCGCAGAUCGCCGGGCAAUCUAUCCCAUCUUAAGUGGAAUCUGAUGGAGCCAGUAGGCUUAUAGUGGUAUCAAGUAUAGUUUCGGAGACGGAUAUAAGAGACCCUGUUCGUCCACCCGGACACUGAUAACCAAAG